AUGGCCGAAAAUAACCACGACGCUCAUCCCUCCAUCGAUCAUCUAGUAUUGCUAGUAUUUGAGGCUGUCUUGGAGGUUGUGUGUGUCAGCUUGCCCGGUUAUGUCAUUGCAAGAUUGGGACACUUCGAUGCCGAAAAGCAGAAGUUUCUCGCGAAUUUGAAUGUCAUGCUAUUCACACCAUGCCUAAUCUUCACAAAGCUAGCAUCGCAACUCAACGCCGACAAACUAGUCGAUCUUGCAGUCAUACCUGUUAUUUUUAUCAUCCAGACUCUAGUUUCAUAUGUGGUAUCCGUUGGCGUGUCCAAGGCAUUCCGAUUCGCGAAGCGUCCCGCCAAUUUUGUGACGGCUAUGGGCGUGUUUGGCAACUCCAACUCUUUACCGAUUUCUCUGGUUAUCUCCUUGUCGCAAACCUUGAAGGGACUCCACUGGGACAGAAUACCAGGCGACAACGACGAUGAGGUGGCAGCAAGGGGUAUAUUAUAUCUCUUGAUUUUCCAACAACUCGGACAGUUGGUCAGAUGGAGUUGGGGAUACCAUGUUUUGUUGGCCCCUAAGAGUCGAUAUGAAGAAUAUCAAGAUGAGACGGUCGAGGAAGGCAGAUACCGCGAUGAUGUCGAUGAUGUGCCCGAAGCAUUGAUACCAGGCCUGGAUGAGCAUACUCUUGGGGAUGGCCAUUCAGAUGCCUCGGAUGAUUCCGACGCAUACGAGCCAGCUGGUCGAACCCCUGUAGCCGGAACGUCACUCACAACACCCGUUGACUCAGAUGAUGAGGCUAGCACACCUAGGAGACGAUCAGCGCCAAAGAAAUACGGCAAUGGUAUAAACGGCGACAUGGUGUCAUUUCCCCGGGUAGGCGAUAACGAGUCAGAUGUUCCCACUGGGCUCCAGGGUUGUUUCGUUCGUGCGAGCCUUCGUAUCAACAAAGCCAUGACAUCUACCAAGCAACGCAUUGCGUUGUGCUCUGGACGUGUGUACCAGCGCCUACCAAACCCAGUUCAGAAGGUUUUGGCUACGACGUGGAAAGUAUGGCUUCGAGUGUACGGCUUCCUUUGGGAGUUCAUGAAUCCGCCACUAUGGGCUAUGCUCAUCGCUAUUGUCGUUGCUUCGGUGCCCGAUCUGCAGAGGGUUUUCUUCUCGGAAGGAACGUUUGUCAAUAACAGUGUAACGAGGGCGGUAACGCAGACUGGCGGUGUCGCUGUACCACUUAUCUUGGUAGUAUUGGGUGCCAAUCUGGCUCGAAACACGCAAACCCAAGAGGUUAGGGAUCCCGAGGAAGAACAGAUAGGGAAGAAGCUACUCGUGGCCUCGCUCAUCAGCCGCAUGCUUCUACCUACCCUUAUCAUGGCGCCUGUCCUAGCGCUCUUUGCCAAGUAUGUGCCGGUUAGCAUACUCGAUGACCCGAUCUUUGUCAUCGUCUGCUUCCUCCUCACAGGUGCCCCCAGCGCUUUACAAUUGGCACAGAUUUGCCAAAUAAAUGAGGUCUAUGAGGGAGUUAUGUCGAAAAUAUUAUUCCAGAGCUACGUUAUCUGGAUCCUCCCUUCCACGCUGGUGCUUGUUAUGAUAGCCCUAGAGACUGUGGAGUGGGCUCAGUUGAGUGGUUAA